GCAGCUGAGAGAGUGAGUGAGUCACCUGAUGAAACUUUCUUACUCUUCACUUCAGUUUCUACACAUACUCAAGAGUAAUGUCCUUCUGGGUGUUUCUCUGAUAGUCACUGGCUCUGGUCACUUGGUGGCAGCAUCUGCUCUGAAUUGUCUCUGUGACCUUGCUGAGUCAUCCAAUAUUUGCAUUUGAGCUGGGUUUUCCACUCUGGAACAGCAGAAAGGUUUACACGUGGAGGAGGAGGAAGUGGGACAAAAGGCUGCAGGGAUGAUUUCCUCAGCUUUAUCAAGACAGCUCAGUCACACUGGAGCAGAUAGAACAGAGCAACAAUGAAGUAACUGAGUUCAUCAGCACGGUGUGGCUUCCAAGCUCUUCAGUGAGAUUCAGGAACUGCCGGCUGACAAAAAGUGCCUGAGCCAGUUAUUCUCUGGAAGUGAGGCUCGGCAGAAGGACUGGAGACAUGGCAGAUACAGCAGCUGUAGAAGCAGCUCCCAUCACCAAACAGCAGCUGUGUGGUGUCUGCUCAGGUGUGCUGAGUGGAGACAAGCAGGCGCCCUGUGGUCACUCUGUUUGCAGCUCCUGCCACGGGGACAAAAGUAAAAGAUGUCCAGAGUGUCUGAAGAGUCCUGACAAGCCUGAAGCUGCUGACGGUCUCAAACAGAACGGAACUGAGGCUGAAUCUCCAGUGAUUAACAGCAAAGAGGAGCAAAAUCUGGACUCUAAGACAGCAGAGGAGAUCAAAAUCCAAGAAGAUCUGAAGGAGUCCGAUGACCCCGAGAAGCCGGAGGAGGAGAAGAAAGAACCAGAAGAACAGAUAGCUGGAGAGAAAAAUGGAGCAAAAGAGGAGGUAAAAGAAGAAGAGGUGAAAGAGGAACCUUUGGGCCCCGACGAUGUGGUGUGUGACUCGUGUAUUGAAAGCCCCUCCAGGGCCCUGAAGUCCUGCCUCACUUGCCUGGUGUCAUACUGCGAGGCCCACCUCCGGCCUCACCUGGAGAACCCAAAGUUUCAGAACCACCGGCUGGUGGACCCGCUCAGGGACAUCGAAAGGAGGACCUGCGAGAACCACAAGUGGCCCCUGGAGAUUUUCUGCUGUGCUGACGCCUGCUGCAUCUGUCAGGACUGUGUGACGGAGGAGCACAAGGGCCACAACACCGUACCUGUGGUGGAGGCUCGCAAACAAAUAGAAAAGGAACUGAGGGAGAAGAAGACUGAGAUGGUUAAGACGGUGACAGCAGCCGAGAACGCCAUCAACAAACUUCAGCUAAACACAGUCUCCAUUGAGCAAUCUGUGACUGAGGUACGAGCGGUGAUCGAGACCCAGUUCGAGGAGCUGCAGGUGGUGAUGGAGCGGGCCAAGAGGGAGGUCACGGAGAUCCUGGAGGGCGAGGAGAAGCAGGCGCUGAAGCAGGCCGAGGGCAUCCGGGUACACCUGGAGCAGAGGUGCACCGAGCUGAAGAAGACUCAGGCGCAGGUGGAGAAGCUCUCCAGGAACAAGAAUGAUGUGGAUUUCUUACAGGAGUACUCCGAGUGGAAGAAAGAAGCCACUGAUAUUUCUCUGCCUGGGGUCUACAUCGGCCUGAUGGAUCGUCUGAAUUCCUUCAGUCGUGUGAUCGUAGACUCCACGCAGGAACUCUGCACCAUGAUCGUGUCUUCAUACAUAGAAAAAGUUAAAGAGACGUGCAAGAAUGACAAAAUGGGAAUAAAGACGACAGUUCAUGCCAUCGUUGCAGCGAAGCAGAACAUGUCAAUACCAGAUCCAGAGACGCACGCUGACUUCCUCAAGUAUUCCGCCCACGUGAGUUUCGAUGCUGACACAGCUCACAAGUUCCUGCGCCUAACAGAAGAAAACAGGAAGGUGACUAACACCACACCCUGGCAGCAUCCUUAUCCCGAUGUACCUGAGCGGUUUGAGAACUGGCGCCAAGUUCUGGCCACAGAGAGCUUCUACCUGGGCCGGCACUACUUUGAGGCAGACAUCAGUGGUGAGGGCACACACAUGGGCCUGACCUACAAGAGCAUCGAUCGCAAAGGCAGUGAGAGCAACAGCUGCAUCACGGGAAACGACUUCUCCUGGUGUCUCAAGUGGAACGGACGCACCUUCUCUGCCUGGCACAGCGGUGUGGAGACCCCCCUCAGUGUGGAGAAGUUCACUCGUGUCGGGGUGUAUGUGGACUACACACGAGGCCUCCUGGCUUUCUACGGCGUGGAGGACACCAUGACGCUCAUCCACGAGUACAAGGCAGAGUUCCUGGAGCCUCUUUACCCAGCCUUCUGGUUGUCCAAGAAGGAGAACAUCGUCGCCUUGGUGGCACCUGGGGAACCAUUACGGCUCAAGAGCCCCUCUCCUCCCACCUCACCUGCAAAUGGAGCUGUUAUUCCAUAAACAGCAGCACAGCAAUGAAUAGAAGUCAGUUGUUCUUCAGUGAUUCAAGUGACAAUUCAACAAUAGGAGAGUACUGUUGCAUAAAAUGUUAACAAUAGACUUAUUAUAAAUGAGACAUGCAAAUAUGGAAAGUCUUACCUUAAUAAAUUUGUAGAUUAUUUUUGUGGUAAAACUAAUAUGAUAAACUGUGUAUCUGUUGGACUCAAGUCAUAUUUAUAUUCCUGUGUAUGUUGUGGACUACUGUUACUGUACUUUUCAUCACACUGUGAAUUCAGAAAAUGUCCUGUAUGCAAAUAAAAUAUUGUUACUUCA